UAAUGUCUAACGAUCUCGAAACAAACACGUUGGAUUAUUUGCUCUUAGCCGUUGAACAUGUCGUUUUAUCCAUAAAUACAAGGUUUAGAAAGUGGGGUUCGAAUCUUUCCCGAGUGGCUGUCACGCCCAGUGAAGAGUCGUUCAAAGUGAGCGAAUCAUCCGCGGGUCGCACACUCUAACUGUUGCAGCUGCCCGGAAAGCUAGUUUUAGACAACUGGCUAGCCGUAGCCAGGGAAAUAACAGCGAAACGUUGACUAGCUGAUGUAUUUAGCUACAGUAUUUACAGAAUUAGCAGGAUAACAUCCAGACAAUCGGCUGCAAGUGGAGGGAAAUCUACCACAGCUGGCAGAUUAGAGAUGGAAGGAGAUGACUGCAGUUUCCAGCCAGAUUCAUCGGACGACCACUCGCAAAGAGGAAGUGUUGCUUCCUCUGCGACACUUUCCCGCGCUCAAGAUGUGCUCAUAUACCUGUUUGGGGACAGCGCAGUACACCUAACAGUGGAAGGACUUGGCACUGUCAACGUGCAGGAGUUGAGCCGCAGUGUUCGUGAUGCUCUUAAUAUUCCCGAGUCUGUACAGGAUGCCUUCGCCCUCUGGCUCUGUUCUCCUCUGCUCGAUUUGCAGUUGAAGGCAAGGCAUCAGCCAUACAAACUGUGCCGGCAGUGGCAGGACCUGCUGUAUCGCUUCACUGAGGCCUCAGAGGAUGACAUAUCACAAGAUGAACCAUAUCUCCAGUUCCGUCGGAACGUGUUUUAUCCCAAAUCUAAAGAGCUGCAGAUAGAGGACGAGGCGGUGCUGAGGCUUCUGUACGAGGAGGCCAGAAGCCACAUUCUCACAGGUCGAUACCCCUCCGACCCCGAACACUGGACGGCUCUCGGAGCUUUGUCUCUAGCUCUCGAUGAGGGACCUAAUCUUGACAGCCAACAAUUUACUACCACUAUAAGAGAAAAGAAGCUGUCUUCUUUUCUGCCGGCUCACGUUGCGAUGGGGAGCGGAGGUUUGUUCUCCACUCUGAGAGGGAAGUCGAGCCGCCAGGCGGGGCUGGAGCAGAGCCUCCUGGAGGCGUACAAGAAGAUCAGCACAUCUGCUGGAGACACUCCGGAGCCCACACAGCUCCUACACCAGUACCUCAACACAUGUCACACUCUGCCUUACUAUGGGUGCGCUUUCUUCCUGGGGGAGAUUGACAAACCAGCACAAGGGAUUCUUCAAAGGGGAAAACGCAAAGCUGUGAAUGUUGGCAUCUGCCUGGAAGGCGUUUAUGUGAUGGAUGUCAAAGAGAAGCACGUGUUGCUCGGCCUGCGUUUCAGCGAGCUUUCCUGGGACCACAGCUACCCAGAGGAGGAGGGGGACUCACACAUUCUGUGGCUGGAGUUCGACGGAGAGGAAGACGGCACUCCUGUGAACAAGUUACUAAAAAUCUACUCAAAACAAGCCGAGCUCAUGAGUGGGUUCAUCGAGUUCUGUGUGGAGCUGAAGUCUGCGUCAGAGGUUGGAGCUGCAGCUGGAAUGGACGGCGAGGUGAGUCAGUCUCAGCAGCCGGCAGGACAAGAGGGCAGCAAGAAGAACGGGCGUGGAGGACGGCGCGGGAUGCUGAGCAGGCAGAACAGUGUCGUGUGCAAUCGGGUGCAUUCACUCAACACCAUCAGCUACGUGGACAAUGGAAAAGAAAUCAAGCGCUUGAAGCCGAAAAGAGCUGCGUCCUUCUUCACCCGACAGGCGUCUGCGCCCUUGUACUCCGCCGUGCAGGUGACGGAGAGUCUGGAGCAGGGUUAGUCCCUCCGCUCAGCUCGGCCCCCCGCGCCUCUCAGAGACCAAACCUGAACAUUUUACACUGAGAUUUAAAGACUCGAGACAUUUAACUGAUAAUAUAUGAACAAGAAAAGGACCAAGCGAGGGAUCUAAGUGUGAGUGACAAUAUUUAUCUUUUUGAAGUUGUGUAUAUUAAGAAGAGUACAGUAAUGUGAAAAACAAAACUAUUAACAGCGAUGCUUCCAAGGUUGAACUGAAGUGGCUAUUCGUUAGGUGAUUUGUAAUUCAAGCCUUAGAGGAAUCCUCAGACGGUGACUCCAUCAUUGACUGUAUAUCAUAUCAUGACCUUAUUGACCCUCCUCCAGCACUCCGGAGCUGUGUACACUGCAAAUACUCAAAUAUGUUAAACCUCAUUUGACUAUAACCACUGCAUUACCUCUUUUUACUUCAUGUUUGUUGGAGGUUUAACAUCAAGAACACCUCGAUAUAUAUAUAUAUAUAUCCCCAUAUGACAUUAGACGUUUUUGUAACUUCUCCUCAUAACACACAUACGAGUUGCCACAAACUCUUUACAGUCAGCAUGACAAACAGUUUCAGGGGGCCGAUCUAAAGGGCGUGUUCCCGACUAUUCUGCUUUCUCAAAACUGCCAGUGCCUUGUUCUCGUGAAAGGGUGAAGACACUUUAGAAAAGUAGAGUUAGAAUAGUUUAGCGGGUGGUGUUGCAGAUCAUCAGGAGUCCAUAUGGGAGCACACUGUCUGGGAUGUGGGAGUUUCUUGUAAGUACACUCGUUUUAAGAUGUCGACAUGAUUAAUAGGUUCAGCUGGUUAUCGUGGAAAGAAAGUGCAGAUGUCACGGAUAGCUUCUUUUUUUUAUUUGUAAAAAGUGAAAUGGUGUUACUGUAGUCAAAAACGUGUACAAUAAUAGGACGUUUUGGUUACACAUCCUCAGCUGGGGAGCGUGAAUCGAUCUGCACCAUCAAAAUAAUCAGAUUCAAGGAAAUAAACAGCCAAACCAUAAACAAAGUUGUAGAAGAGUUAAUCUGAUAAAAACUCUUUCAAAGUGGAUAUCCGUGUUCAGAUCUUGACAUAACUCAUCAUUUGCUCGGUCAGACCUGAAUUUCAAGAUUGAACCGAUGCAAUUCUGCACUUGUGCAACUUUUGACACGAACGAGACUAAAAAUAUCCUGUUUAUUGGUUCUGCUUUAACUGACAGAAUCAACAACUCGACUAAACUGCAGCCUACAUGUCUGUAUUUCCACGUGAAAUGAUUGUUUUGAUUGCAAAUACAAUCACUCAUUAUUAUUUUCAUUGUAACACUAUACCGCCGUCAUCGUUAAAUACUCCUGUGGGUUUUUUUUUUUAAAGGAGCACUAUGUCGUUUUUGGAGAAGAAAUUCACACUCGUUUACUGAAUAAACCAGCUGUUCUCAGAGGAAAAUAUUGACUCUAAAAAAGGUGGCAGGGUCCGCCAAAUAUAAACAAAGUAAAACAGUAUGAAGUUUUGUUGUUGUCCUUUUUAAGGUCAGUUUGUUUAUUCAGUCAUGAAAACAAAGAGAGUUUGUUUAUUUAGUUUAACACGUUAUACAUUUCAAGUAAAGGAACAUUAGAGGUCCAGUGUGAAGGAUUUGUUGGCAAAAAUGUAAUAUAAUGCGCACAAUUAUGUCUUCAUUUGUGUGUAAUCACCUGAAAUGAAGAACCUUUGUGUUGUUGUUACAUUAGGAUGAGCCUUUUGUCUUCUUGUAGAGGGAGCAGAUCCUCUGUUGCACCACCUUGUUUCUACAGUAGCCCAGAACGGACAAAUCAGAAGCUGAGAGAGGGGUGUUUAGCUAGUUACGUCUGCAAACUUUACCCACUAGAUGCCUCUAAAACCUACACACUGGUUCUUUCAAUGCUUCAGUUCAUCUGCAUAAUCAAAAACCACCAAAUUCUGAGAUGUAUGGUCUUCACGGGUUAGCGACGAUGUGCUCUGUGUGGAUGCUGAAGCCGAACUGAUGGAGAACCGCUGUUUGAAUCUCAGCCUGUACACCAAAGCAAUCCUGUCUAUCAUGCUGCAGCACAGUUUGCUACCUUAACAACCGAGACGGACGUCUGUAUCCGCCAUGCGACGUCUCUCUGAACGUCACCCUAAUGCUGAUACAAGGCAGUUUUUUGUCUUUGCUGCACAUUUAAACAAACGAGCUCACCUCACUAAUAGCCAUGAGAGGAGGUGUACAUCUUUCUAAUACCGCCUUCCACUUGAACGUUAACGUCCCCGACCUGAGAUGUGGUGGCAUUAUGUAUAUUCUUCCUGACUUCUCCUGAGCAUGAUUGUUUUUACCUUUCUAUGCUUCGACUUGUUUAUACGUCAGCUACAGUCUGUAACCUAACCACGGCAGCAGCAGUCCAAUAUAUUGUUGCUAACUUACACUAUGCAUGUCACAUUGUAGAAUAGCCAUUCCGACAGACUACACACCAUGUGAUACUGCACUAUUAAUAUUAAGACACUGUUUAUAAAUCUUGUACGUCUGCAGAUGUUUUUGUAUCGUUUGUUAGCUUUUACGAGAGGAUAUUUUUACUUUCAUUUUCAUAUACUCGUCAGUGUUUGUACACAGUGAAGUGAAGAAGUAGGUCAUUUUAAGCAUUUUCCAAUCAAGCAAUCACUUUUUAGAAGCAUUAAGUGCCUUUUUUUUUGUUUGUACUAAGUUGUCAUCUGAAUGACUGUUUUAUGAACCAGGAAUGGACAUUUUCUGUUGUAUCUAUGGUUUAAAAAAAAUACUGAAUUGUGUUUUUUGUAAUAUAUUUCACACAUUUUUAAGUAGACCAUGCAUUUCACCUUUUCCUAGCUGAUGUGAGUGUAUUGAUAUACUGGAUAACUACACUGGGCUGCUGUUGAACAGUGUAUUGUGGUUCCUUCUGCCUUCAUCAAGACAUGUCUGAUGCUUUUUUUUUUUUUUUUUAAAUAAAUGGAUGCAAAUGGGCCCAUUUCUCUGAA